GGACACUGAAGCAGCAAGGCCCCACUGCUGAGAGCGCCGGCGGGGCGGCUCCAGGGCCCAUAUCGCAUGACAAGAAAGAAUGGCUAGAGCGUGUCAUGGAAGGGACGUUCGUGGACAUGAGCAAGCGGCUGCGAGAGCGGUUGGGCUUGCUGGAGGAGCUUCUGCAGGGGGAGAGGAGUGAGCCGCGCCCUAGACCAGAGGCAAACGUGCAGGCCGCCUCGGACCAAGAGCCGAGCGCGGUGGAGCGAGGACAAGCGCUCUGGGAGGAAAUGGAGGAAGACGUGGAAAAUCUGGAUUACGCGCUCAUGUUUUGCCAGGUGGGGGGCCUUCAAGUGCUCUUCCAGUACCUGCUCCGGGCGGCGGCGGGGGAGCAGGACGCCGAGGCCCGGACAUGGGCCGUGCGCGUGCUGACGGUCUUGGCGACGCUGACCCAGAACAAUCCCCCCGUGCAGGCGGAGGUGCUGGCCUUCGCGAUGCAGGACGCCCGGGGGGGGGGGCGAGACGUGCUGGCGCUCCUGUCUCGUCUCUUUCUCCGCGAGGUCGGCCUGGAAGAGGCGAGCUCUGUGUCCGAGGGGUCUGGGGAGAGGCAUGGGCGUCUCCAGGCGAAGCUUCUGCACGCCUUAUCCUGCACUGUCCGGGGCCACGCCGAUGCCGAAGCCCGUUUUGUGCAGUCCUACGCACCGGAGGUCUUCCGAGCCGGCCUCCAGCCCUCCCGACAGGAGCGCGUUCAGGUCAAGGCGCUCUUCUUCCUGCAAGCCCUUCUCGGCGCCGACGACGCCACGCCUGCACGAGGAGAGGCCUUGCUGCCCCUGCUCCCCUUGGUGGUUCCGUGCUUGGAAAACAACGAGAACGUGGACCUGAGACACACGGCCGCCUGUGUGGUGACGGGGUUGGCGAACCUGACAGGGGGGCCCGCGGUGAUUUUCGGCAAAGAUGGGGGGGAAGCAUUGCGGAGGGCGAUGGAGAGACGUCAAGGAUUGCUUGGAUCGGGGUCGGACGAGGCGAUGGGAGAGGAGUUGCUGUUUUGGAGCGCUUUGGCGAGAGGGGGCACUGGAAGAAUGUCGUGGAGGGACGGGGAGGGAAU